AUUAGUAAGUUAUAUAUGUGCCCUCUGGUUCCCCAUUGUCCUUGUCGGUUAUUGUUACCAUGUCCGUUGGUCCUGUGAGUACCUGCGCUGUUGCUUCUAUGCUACGUGUAUUUGUGCACUUGCUUUAUGGGUAUUGUCCCGUGUAUUAUUUCGAAGUUUACACCUUGCUCUUUUGUUUGUGUGUAGAAAAUAAAAAACCCUAUUACGUAUUCCUGAGCCUGUCUCCAAUCAUUAGACAACGUGGCAAUGAUAUCAUUACUGUAUUCAAUAAUCUACUUUAUUGUGUCUACAGUAAGAGCAUGGGGAGGAAGUUGUUGGGGGAGGAAGUAGUAGCCUCUAGCCCUUCAGGGUUGACAGAACACUGUGAACCUCCGGUAAAACUCAACAUCUCCUGGUACCUAAGGAGCUCCCGCUGCUUCUACGAGGUAUUCGGUUUCGACCCUCUGAAGGCAGGGAGCUACUUCAGAACGACAGCUUUGAAACAGGAAGGAGGCAGUGGGUUCUAUGUGUUUUAUCAGUACCCUGCCAUUGAGUGCAAACAGCACAUGACUCACAGUGAGUUCUUUCUCAACAGAUUUGAGGAGCCGACUAGGCUUUCUGAGCAAGUUCAAGAACAGCCUGUCACUGUCAGGACAAUAGGGAUUGAGGAAAUGGAGCGGCUGAGGAGUCCAAAAGGAGCCUGCUACUGGAGAGAGCUGCUCAGGAUCCAGUUCUGGAUCGGCGGGGUCGUCUUCCUGAGCAUGCUGGAGAAGGCCGUGUACUACGCCGAGUUCCAGAGCAUCCGCUACGACGGCCUCUCCUGUCAGGAGGGGGAGAGACAAGAACCUUACAGAAAAGCCACUUGA